AUGGAAAUUUUCCUUUUUUUAGUGGGAUACUUUGUCCAAUUUGCUGCAUCCUGCAUCUUGCUCUACAAGAUCUGGAAACACAAGUCCAUCUAUGGACUAAGCAUCGACACACAGGCGAGUUACAUGCUGGCUGUCAUAGCCCGAUGUGUUUGGUCCAUGGAAACCAGACUAGUGGAGACGAAAUUUGCGUACUUAGAGCUUAUCCUGUCCACUGCUGUUGCAGCCGGCCUCAGUUUCAUGUGCUACCAAUUUCAGCACACUGCACCAAAACAGUCGACUCCCUUCCUGAGAGUGUAUGCAACAGCCCCUGUGGCUCUGUUCUUGGCCUUCUUCUUCCAUCCUGGAGAUGAUUGGUUCACAAUGCAGAUCCUCGUGUCCUACACAAUGUUUCAGGAAGCUAUGGGGCUGUUGCCGCAACUGUGGCUCAUGCGGAAGAUGCACGAGGUGGAUAGCAUUUCUCAAAGGGUAUCCAUUUCUCAAAGGAAUACCGUCUUUGACGGAAAAAGGAAAUUCGUUAGAUUUGCAAAAUUCGACGAUUGCAAUUUUGAAGUGACCUGGACCCCUCGCCGUUUUCAUGGCAAGGAUGCUCUGACUCAAAUGAGUAGGACUGUCAUGGGCAGAUAG